AUGUUGGAUCCCGAAGAAGGAACGGUACCUCUGGACAGCCUGUUUUUCGACAGGCCCGUUAUCCACAAAGUAAAACCACUCUGUCAAGAACAAGGUGUUUGGCAGGUUGAGCCACCCCCAUCAGUUUCUGAAAUACCAGCAACCCAGGACUUGGAGAAGGAAAUAGAAUCUUUUCAUUCUUUAAUUUGUUUCAACCACCUCCAAGAACUAACCUGUGCACGCAGUUCACCCGCUUUAAAGCAAGACCAAGGCAUGAAAAAAGCCCUAGUCCUCCCCCUGACACCUCAGCCUCUUAAUGUACAAGGUGGAUCAGGCUCAAGAAUCCUCCAUCCAGUUACUGAGAUCCCUGCACAGUUCAGAUCUGUGUUCAAAGAGUUCCCUUACUUCAACUACGUUCAGUCUAAAGCCCUGGAUGACAUUCUUUACACGAGCAAAAAUUUUGUGGCUUGCGCACCCACUGGCUCUGGAAAAACGGUGCUCUUUGAAUUGGCGAUCGUUCGGCUGCUGAUGGACUUGGCUGAGCCCUGGCACAAUGUCAAAGUUGUCUACAUGGCGCCAAUUAAAGCCCUUUGCAGUGAGCGGUAUGAAAACUGGAAGCAGAAAUUUGGGCCCUUGGGGCUGAACUGCAAGGAGCUGACAGGAGAUACACAAAUCGAUGACUACUUUGAGAUUCAGGACGCUCAUCUCAUCAUGACUACACCAGAAAAGUGGGACAGCAUGACCAGGAAGUGGAGAGAUAACUGUCUGAUCCAGCUGGUUCAGCUCUUCCUCAUUGAUGAGGUCCACGUGGUUAAGGACACAACUCGUGGUGCGACCCUGGAGGUUGUAGUCAGCAGGAUGAAAACGAUGCAUGCCUACCGCUCCAUGGCUGUACACUCCGAACCCAAUCUCAGCAUGAGAUUCGUGGUGGUUUCAGCAACCAUUCCCAACAUUUCUGAUAUAGCUGAUUGGCUCUCAGAUGAGUCAGGCCCGGCCACUUGUUUGGAGAUGGACGAGAGCCACAGGCCGGUGAAACUGAGGAAAGUGGUGCUGGGGUUCCCCUGCAGCGGCAACCAGACUGAAUUCAAGUUCGACCUGUCCCUCAGUUACAAAAUGGCCAGCAUCAUCCAGACCUACUCGGAGCAGAAACCGACUCUCGUGUUUUGCUCCACGAGGAAAGGAGUGCAGCAGUCUGCAUCGGUGCUGGCGAAAGACGCCCGAUUCAUCAUGAGUGCCGAGCACAAACAAAGGUUGAUGAAGUAUGCAAACUCCUUGCUGGAUUCAAAGCUCAGAGAUCUGGUGACGUACGGGGUUGGCUACCAUCAUGCUGGGAUUGAUGUGUCUGACAGAAAAAUAAUCGAAGAUGCAUUCACACUUGGAGACCUACCAGUACUCUUCACAACCAGCACUUUAGCUAUGGGAGUGAACUUGCCUGCUCACCUGGUGGUGAUCAAGUCCACCAUGCACUACAUUGGAGGGUCAUGUGAGGAAUACAGUGACACAGACAUCCUGCAGAUGAUUGGUCGAGCUGGACGCCCACAGUUUGACACCGCGGCAACUGCAGUGAUUAUGACCAAAUCCCAGACAAAAGACAAAUACACACAGCUAAUGAGCGGGUCUGAAACCAUUGAGAGCAGCCUGCACACACACCUGGUGGAGCACUUAAACGCAGAGAUAGUUCUGCACACCAUCUCCGACGUGAACGUCGCUCUGGACUGGAUCCGCUCCACGUUUCUUUACAUCCGAGCUCUGAAGAAUCCCUGCCAUUAUGGUUUCCCAUCCGACCUGGAUAGAGCUGGGAUUGAAACGAAGCUGCAAGAGCUCUGUUUGAAGAACCUGAAUGCACUGGCUGCCAUAGGCUUGAUCACCAUGGAUGAAGACAUCAACUUCAAACCCACCGAGGCUGGGAGGCUUAUGGCCCGGUACUGCAUAGCAUUUGACACCAUGAAAAUGUUCAGCCAAGUAUUGGGAACAGAGACACUGCCUGAGCUGCUGAGGUUGAUCUCCAGAAGCAAGGAGUUCAGUGACGUUCAGCUGCGAGUGAGCGAGAAGAGGACUUUGAACACAUUGAACAAGGAUAAAAACAGGAUAACUAUCCGGUACCCCAUGGAGGGAAAGAUAAAAAAUAAUGAAAUGAAAGUGAACUGCUUAAUCCAAGCUCAGCUGGGCAGCAUCCCCAUUCAAGAGUUUUCAUUGACACAGGACACAGGGAAAAUAUUUCGAAUUGGAGUACGGAUAAGCAAAUGUUUGUUCGAGUAUCUUAAUCAGCUUCCCAAGAAGAGCUUCUCUGUGCUGCUCAACUCCCUGAUUUUGGCCAAGUGCUUCCGGGCCCGGCUUUGGGAGAAUUCACCAUUCAUCUCAAAGCAGCUAGAGAAAAUAGGUUUAAGUCUCUCCACUGCAAUGGUGAAUGCAGGACUCACCACAUUUCACAAGAUCGAGCAGACCAAUGCCCGAGAGCUGGAGAUGAUUGUCAACAGACAUCCGCCGUUUGGCAACCAAAUCAGAGAGGCGGUCAUCCAUCUUCCCAAGUAUGAAGUUAGUUUGGAACAGAUUCCAAGAUACAAUGUUGGGAUGGCAGAGAUCAUUGUUACAGUGAACCUGAAAAACUACAAGCAGUUGUUGUCCAAGAGAACAGCUCCUGACCACCAUUAUGUCACAUUAAUUAUAGGGGAUUGUGACAAUAAUGUGGUUUUCCUGCAAAAAAUCACAGACUCUGUGUUGCUGAAGUCUGGAAGCUGGUCAAGGAAAAUUGAAGUCACGAGAACUCCCAAAGGAGAGGAGCUUAGUGUAAACUUGAUCAGCUCAGAAUUUGUGGGGCUGGACAUUCAGCAGAAGUACAGUGCAUUCUAUGCUGGAGCUAAACGCUUUGGAGCCGAAACCAACAGCUGGGAGACCGUGCAGAACACAAGUCAGAGAGCACAGGGCACAGCUCAGAGAGCACAGCCUACUCCACAGAGAGCACAGGGCAUGAUGCGAAAGACACAGGGCACAGCAGAGAGGACUAAUCCAAAAUCCUCAAGCAUCAGCUCCUCAGACAAAGACUCAAAACAUGGCAUGUAUUUAGAUCCAGGGAAAAGAGAGUGCAACCACUUCUGUAAAAACAAGAACCAAUGUGGACAUGAUUGUUGUAAACUUGGUGUGGCGAUGGUGUUGAAGAGACCGACGAAUACAGAGACCGGUUUUUCUUCCUACCUCAGAGAUCUGAAGAACAGGAAUGAGAUGCUCACGGAGACGCCUGUGAAGCGUCUGAAGAUGAAAAUGUGUAGCCAGGCUGGGGCCAUGGACAUGCACCACUUCUCAUACAAACCCAGAGACACCAUGCCUGCCCUCUCGAGGUAUGAACGGAACCAGUAUGGUCACCCAAUGUCAACAGAGAGCGUGGACUGCUUCGAAGAUUUUGCAUCACCUCAGCAGAUACCUGAUGGAGGGCCCUGUUAUGAUGACAGGAGCGGCUACUUGGAAGACAUGAACAACUGGACAGAAGACCCUGAGGAGGAAACACCUGUCCAAACUACUGCUGGGACACGAAACUUCUCGGUGUGGAAGCAGUCCAGCACUGGCGCUAAGGAGGCCUCUAACAGUGCCCCUCUGCAGCGGGCCUGUGGCUAUUCAGACAAACGGAGCGUGUGUCACACGGAUGACAGUGGCUGCUUCUCAUCAGAUACCCUCAAUGUGACCUUUGACCUGGGAAUAGACGACUGGGAUGAUUUUGAUGAUGAGAAUUUAGUGCAUGCUAGCGAGAUUUCAUAUCACUCCACACCAUUCCCUUCCUAUGGCUCACAGCUGAGUCCCAUCGUUAAACAGGUCAACAGCUCACACGUGGUGAGCUCUGCAAAAAUCAGACCUCGGGCAUCUCAGUCUCUCAGUUACAUCCCGGCUAACAGACCAUCGGAGCCCUGGCAUCAAUCAGAGGAAGGCCCUAAAACCUGCACUGAAAUGUAUGCCGAGAAGAGUCCCUCAUUCCCAAAACAGACAGAGAGAAACUCAACAGUGCUGGGUGGAAAGUUUGAUUUCUUUUCAAAGCCCAACACUUCAACACAUGUAUCGGAGACUUCCACCAGGUUCCAAGGAGAAGACAGCUCCAAAGAAGUUGAAGUGUUCCUUGGAAUAUUUGAUGGAAUAUUUUAGUGCUUAUUCAUGCG